CCCAUCUCCAAAGCCCAUAACCACAGCUCAACCCUGAAUACAACCCUAAGGUCCUCUAUAGAGAGAAACAAUCAGGCCUUGACUCGAUUCAAUAUCCAAGGGGGGCCCAGAUCGUCAACCCCCCGAUCCCUUAAACCGCGCAACCAGCACGAAGACACCUUACCCGCUCCAAACCUACAAAAAUGCCACCUCGAAAAUCCACGUCCUCAGUGACGGCCGCUGAUCCAGAUGACUCCCUGCUCCAGCAGUCGCCUCCAGCACCGCACACCGACAAGCCCGUCUUUGCGACGGAGCAGCAGUUGAAGGCUCGCGCUGAGGCGGGCGCAAGUGUCGAGGACUAUCUCCUACCACGCUCAUUGACGAUUCGUCUCGCCAAGUCGGUUCUCCCGCCGAAUACGACGAUCCAGAAGGACGCCGUGUUAGCUAUGCAGAAGGCUGCUACGGUGUUCGUUUCCUAUCUGUCUUCACACGCCAACGAUGCAACCCUCAAACGCACCAUCGCCCCAGCAGACGUCUUCAACGCCCUCUCCGAGCUAGAACUCGACUCUUUCCGCGGCCGACUUGAACAAGAACUGGAGGCAUACACGGAAAUCAAAGCCGGGAAGCGCAAGCCGAAGAAGGUUGACGAGAAUGGCACGACGCAGGGUGCGUCAGGCGAGGGCGCGACUCAGGGCGAUGGUGAUGUCGAGAUGUCUGAUAACCCCGCGAAAAGAGUGAAGCGGGACGGAGAUGUGGAGGUAGCUGUUGGUCCGCCUGCUGGGGAUGAUGGGGAUGAGACUCAAGAGGAAGAUGUCGAAGAGGAAGAGGAAGAAGAUGAUGAGAGUGAGGAUGAUGAAGAGGAGGAGGAAAGUGCUCCGCGUGAGGAUAACCUUGAGCAUGUGGAGGAUUUGGACCGUGAGCCUGGUGCGAGAAGGGGGCCUUAUGAUCCCGAUGCUGAGGAGACGGAUGAAGAUGAGGAUGGGCCUGGUAGUCAGCUGCGGGAUGAUCUUGGGUUGGGCUAAUUAUCUAUACCAUGUCAAAGGGGUUUAUAUGUGGAUGAGCUAAAGACGACUCAAACCUGGAUGGCAUUGGGGAGAGGUUGACUGGCAAAGAAAAGAAUGUUUCUGCUGUAUUAUACACAUAAUGACGAAUGGAUUUUAUGCUGCG